AGCACUAUCCACUCACACCUCCACACAUAGAGUAUCACUGGUGUUGGGGAGCAAUUGAGAGACACACAAGGACUGAGAGUGGAGACGGGGGCAGGGGCAGCUAGGCGCAGACGCACAGAGGCUGCUUUACGAAGAGGCACAACGGCAUAACUGCUGACAUGGACGUGUCAGUUUGACCAGCUCCAGACACACUCGCGCCCUACAACAGGUCCACUGCAGCCGCAAGCAUGUCGACGGUAGAAGGAGCCGGGCAGCGCGACGAAGGAGAGUACGGAAGGGCGGCAAAGCGGCUGAAAACUGAGGAAAGGGACACGGAGGCGGAGGAGAGAGAGGAGGGGGAAGAGGAGCUAGAGGAGGGGGAGGAUUCGGACUCCGGUUCGCUGCCCGGCAACGGAGAAUCAGCGGUGGACAGCCGGGCCCGGUGGAGCGCCAGCCAAUAUGGAGUAGGACGGAGGGAUAAUGGUGAGGACUCCCAUCUCAUCUCUCCCAGCCCUGUGGUCCAUGUCAGGGGUCUAUGUGAAGCUGUGGUGGAAGCAGACCUGAUAGAUGCCCUGGAGAAGUUUGGACCUAUAUGUUAUGUGAUGAUGAUGCCAUUCAAGCGUCAGGCCCUGGUGGAGUUCUCUGCAGUGGAGAGUGCUGACCGCUGUGUGUCCUGUGGAGCCAAGGAGCCUGUAUACAUUGCAGGCCAACAGGCGUACUUUAAUUACUCCACAUCCAAGAGAAUCACCAGGCCAACUAACGCUGACAACCCUAACAGUGGCAACAAGGUCCUCCUGCUAUCUAUACAGAAUCCCCUUUACCCUAUAACCACGGAUGUUCUGUACACAGUGUGCAACCCCAUUGGCAGUGUCCUGAGGAUCGUUAUCUUCAAAAGAAAUGGAAUCCAAGCCAUGGUGGAGUUUGAGUCUGUUCAGUGUGCACAGAAGGCCAAAGCUGCUUUGAACGGAGCUGACAUCUACGCUGGUUGCUGUACACUCAAAAUUGAAUAUGCAAGGCCAACACGCCUGAACGUGAUUAAGAACGACAAUGAGAGCUGGGACUACACUAAACCAUACCUGGUCAGACGGGACCGUGGAAAGGGCAGACAGAGACAGGCCAUUUUAGGAGAACACCCAUCAUCCUACAGUGAUAACAGCUAUGGUCCACCCUGCCCCCUGCUGCCUCUGCCUGGAAACAGCAGGUACAAACUCACCUCAGUGGACGUUCCUGACAUGGUUUCCUACCCUGUGCCCCAGUCCUCUUCCUCAUACUCUGGACAUGCACCCAGCUCUGUUGCCAUGGUGAGUGGCCUCCAUCCAUCCAAGAUGAACUGUACCCGCAUCUUCAACCUCUUCUGCCUCUACGGGAAUAUUGAGAAGGUUAAGUUCAUGAAGAGCGUUCCUGGAACAGCACUCGUUGAGAUGGGAGAUGAGUAUGCAGUGGACAGAGCCAUCACACACCUCAACAGCAUCAAGGUGUUUGGCAAAAGACUCAAUGUCUGUGUGUCCAAGCAGCAUGCAGUGAUCCCCAGUCAGGUAUUUGAGUUAGAGGAUGGCAGCAGUAGCUAUAAGGACUUUGCCAUGACCAGGAACAACCGCUUCAGCAGUGCGGGACAGGCCUCCAAAAACAUCAUUCAGCCUCCAUCUGCAGUGCUCCACUACUACAACGUUCCUCCAUGCAUAUCACAGGACCAUUUACUGAGGCUGUGCACAGAGCAUGACGUGCCUGGCUUUGUCAAAUUCAAGAUAUUUGAUGCCAAACCUUCUUCUAAGACAAUCUCUGGCCUUUUAGAGUUUGACAGUAAGACAGAGGCGGUGGAGGUUCUUACUGUUCUCAACCACUACCAGAUCAGGAUACCCAAUGGGUCAAACCCAUACACCCUGAAGCUGUGUUUCUCCACCUCAUCUCAUCUAUAAAACAUUCAGAGCACAAGACAAAGCUGCUGAGCCUGAGCCUCUGACCUGAGAGAGAGAGAGGGACAAUGUGAAUGAGAGGGGAAACAAAUAUUAAAAGAAGAAGAAACUGAGAGCUAGAUGCCCUUUAAAGACGCUAAAAAGAUGGUGAGUCACAAUGAGAGAGACAUUAUCACUGUCACCAACCUGAACAUCAAACCUGUCCCAUCAUCCCAUCAUUCAAGCAGAACCUUAAAAGCUGACAGAGUAAUGACUGUGUGAAGUAUUCUAAAAAUGUGUUUUAUUGUCAUGUGGGACAUCUGGAGGACACUGCUCUUGUGUUUGUCGAAGAGGUCUUCACUGCAUGAGGGGGAGACACGGACCCACUCUUCGGAAUCUACUGUACAAAGUUUCUUCAGACAUCUCGAAAGUCAUGAUCUGUGCACAUGGUCACUCAAAUAGUAUUUUAGUGUUUAAAAACUGCUAAAUACAGUGUGUUGAUUUGAAUUGUCAUUGGAUAUAUACAGUAAUGCGGAUAUGACUUUAACACAAGCUCUCAUUUCAAAGUCAUUAGUGCUAAAGGAACUUCGUCCUGGCUGCUGCAAGGCCCUAAUGUCAGAGGUGUCACUCUACUGUUUAGUCCAACUCUUUGGCCCAAAAUGAGAUAACUCAACUACUGACUAGUUAAGUUUGCUGUAGACCUUCAAGGUCCCCAAAGGAGGACUGUCGGCGGAUUUGGUGACAGUCUGACAUUCAGGUUAGAAUUUGGUCCAGGAUAUAAUAUAUGGAAACUAAUGCCAGAAUUUCUAUGAAUAUUCAUGUUUCUAAGAGGGUGUAUUCCAGUGUUUUGGAAUAGUUACUGUUACCACAUUAGCUCACCCAAUUUCAGCUUUCCCACCAUUGCCAGUCUAGACACAAGAAAUAUCUUAACUAAACUAACCAUUUACUUGAGCAUAUUUCCUCUUAAGAGGAUAACCUCCUUACAUUUUUGACCCCUCACAAUCAUCCCCUUAGCGCCAACCUUGGGAUGCAACUUUCUUUUACAGCUCCUUUCUAGUGAGAAAAGUUAUUAUUUUGUUUAUUUGUUCUGUAUUUUUAGUAGUAGAAUUACAACAGUGUAAAAAAUAACCUAUUCAUGUAAACCACAAUGUUGACUUUCUUCCACACAGCCCUGUACUUUGUCUUGUACAUACUAUGUUGUGUUUCACUAAAUAUAACCACAGUUAGUAGGUCAGUUGCUUCCGGUCUGUCACUUCGUCUGUGGACCAUUUGCUAUUUGAAAUGAAAUGAAUCACUUGCUGAUUCCAUCCCAAGGCAUUCCAAAAAUCUAACAAGUAGGUUACUGUAUUUUACUCUACCAGUCAUUACUGUUUAGUUACUGCUGGUGAAAACAUCCAGACCUGAAAGCAGGAUAAUCGCAAGUCAGCAUCAGAAUCCUAGCAUGAACUCAGCUUGUUUUCCUCACCCUAACUGUACGUAAAUACUGGUUUUAAAAAGCCUCUAUUACUGGCAGUGUUGCCGGAUGGCUUGACUAGAGAAGGACUCAAUGCAUCAAUACAGAAGUGUAAUUAAAAAAUAGAUAGAAAAUAGUCCUGCUUUUUAUAAUUACAUAUGUGACGUAACUUGAAACGGUUGGGGUUGGGACACAGUGAUCAUUUUAUCAGUGUAAACAAAUGUUAUAUAUUUAAUUAGAUCAGCAGAAAGGCAGGAUUGUAUAAACAUUUGUGAUCACUUUCUUGGUUGGAUACCUACUAGUGCUGCAUGAGAGUACCACUAAAGAAACACCAUUUUUCAAUGUCAUUUUUCCGUGAGAUUCAUUUAAUUUAAUCUGUAAUAAUUUGUGCCCUAAUUCCUGUCAGGAAACAUAGAAACAAUUCACUUUCCAGUUUACUUGCUGUGACCUGAGCUUUACUGUACUCAGUAUUCUCAUUCACAGUUUGGUGCAUGGCACAGCCUAUCAAAAGACAGGUUUUACCAGUCCGGUUUUACCUGUUAAGAGGGGUGAUUGUAUCUAAAUUAUCUACAGUACACAUGGAGUUCACAUUUGCUGUAAGAUGUAAGACACAGGGUAGUUCUCCAGUUUUUUGUCUCUGUAAUGCUAAUCUAAAAAUCUUACCUUCAAACUCAGUAUAUAUUGAUUCCAUCUUUGGCAUACCCUAAAAUCAGCAUCAUGCUUGAACACUGUUUAAGCUGAUUUCAAAGAAAACAUAUAGAUUUGCACUGCACAUGGAAAACUGGAAUUGCAUUGUAUUAAAGGACAUUUUGUUGUUAUUUGUUAUUUUAUUUCUACGAUCUAAUGGUCAUAGACAUUUUUUGUGUGGAAUUUGCUUAAAAUAUGUGAACAAACAGGCUACUUAAAAUCUGUAAGAAGCAUAGGCUCCUUAUGGAGGCCCAGUGUGGAUAAUUUGACAUACAGGGCUUCUUGGAAGUCAGUUCUUUGGUUAAGCACAGUAACAAGAAGCAGAUUGUCUCUGUUCCACCCUGUAUCUCAUAUAGGGCAUGCAGGUUUUAACUGCUCCAAGCCUAUUUUUUAAUAUGCCUUGAUCCAUCAUACUUGUUAAUUAAUGCAUGCUUUUUGUACAUAAUAUUUCAAUGAGUGUGAAAAGUUUCACAGAUGAAGCUCACUUUCUCUGUAGUUAGAUUGCUCAUUUAGGUGUUGUUUGUACCUCUCUAACAUUACUUGAAUCUUAUUUCUAAGGAGGUUUUAUUUAUUCUUUUUCAUGUUUUUUUAGCCUUUAAGGUGUUGAUAAAUGAGAGCUGAUAUUUUGAAGCUGAUUUAAGUUUGCAAUCACAGGACUGAAGGUAUGAGGCGGAUCCACCGAUAUCGCUGUAAAGGUUUGAUGUUGUUGAUAGUCAGUAAUCACUGAAAACAGGAAAACACGAAGAACUAUAUUGUUCCAUUCAUUUUAAAAUCUCCGUGGCUGUAACUUAUAUGUACAUGUUUAAACUGAAAUAAAUUCAGGUUGGGGGCUAUAAGCUCCACACAGCUCCA